UGGGGGAGAGAAAGACUGAGGGGACGAGAGCGCUGCCUCCUCCGCAGUUCGUAUCUUGCGUCUCAGACUCGGAGGUUGCGAGUCAGAACGACCCACACACACGAGCCGGCUCUGGCACGUUCUAUUUCCGGCUCUUUUCACCGGUUCCCUCCAGAAGCCGCUCUCCAGUUCGUCCCUUCUUGAUGCCGAUUGUGGAGUAUUGAAGGAAAUUCGGACACCCCCAGAAGUCAGCAACCGCCGGCGGGGUGGAUCCGUGGACGCGCCCGCGUGGACCGAUCUGGACAUGGAAGUGCUGAUGCUGGUCUUCCUGUGGGUUCUACGAUGCAACACGGUGACCGCGGACUCCAUCAUCCACAUUGGAGCCAUAUUUGAAGAGAAUGCAGCCCGGGACGAUGAAGUGUUCCAGCUGGCAGUGUCGGACCUCAGCCUCAGCGACGACGUCCUUCAGAGCGAGAAGAUCACGCACUCCAUCAAACUCAUCGAACCCAACAACCCGUUCCAGGCGGUUCAGGAAGCAUGUGAACUAAUGAAUCAGGGCAUUUUGGCUUUGGUCACCUCAACGGGCUGCGCCUCCGCCAGUGCCCUACAGUCGCUCACAGAUGCCAUGCACAUCCCACACCUGUACAUCCAGAGGAACGGCGAGCGAUCGCCCCGGACAGCCUGCCAGUUUAACCCGAGCCCCGGUGGACAACGCUACACGCUGGCAGCUCGCCCACCAGUGAGACUCAACGACGUCAUGCUCACUCUGGUGGAGGAACUCAGCUGGCAGAAGCUCAUUGUUUUCUAUGACAGUGAAUAUGACAUCCGGGGCCUCCAGGGCUUUCUGGACCAGACUUCCCGACUGGGGGUGGACGUGGCCUUGCAGCAGGUGGAGCGCAACAUCAGCCAGGUCUUCACCAACCUCUUCACCACCAUGAGGACAGAGGAACUGAACCGCUACAGAGACACUCUGCGCCGAGCCAUUCUUCUACUGAGUCCACACGCUGCACACUCCUUCGUCCAGCAGGCUGUAGAAACUAACCUGGCCUCCAAGGACAGUCACUGGGUGUUUGUCAAUGAGGAGAUUAAUGACUCAGAGAUUUUGGAACUUACCCACGGUGCACUGGGGCGGAUGACUGUGAUUCGGCAGAUGUUCCCUCUGUGGCGAGAUGGCACUGGGCGCUGUGUGAGGCAGAACCACAGGGUCUCCUCUCUGCUGUGUGACCCGCAGGAAGGCUACCUGCAGAACCUGGAGGUGUCCAAUCUGUACCUUUAUGACAGUGUGCUGAUGCUAGCUAAUGCCUUCUACCGGAAGCUGGAAGACAGGAAGUGGCAUAGCAUGGCGAGCCUUAACUGCAUCAGGAAGUCCACCAAGCCCUGGAACGGCGGCUGGUCCAUGCUGGAGACUAUCCAGAAGGGGAACAUCACUGGACUGACGGGGAACAUGGACUUCAAGGACAACGGCUCAAACCCCCAUGUCCAGUUUGAGAUUCUCGGGUCCAGUUUCAGCGAAACCUUUGGCAAAGAUGUCAAGAGGUUAGCAACGUGGGACUCUGUCCAUGGACUCAAUGGCAGCCUGAAGGAAAGUCGUAUCGAGAAUGGAAUGCAGGGGGUGACAUUGAAAGUGGUGACACUUUUGGAAGAUCCAUUUGUCAUGGUCGCCGAAAAUAUUCUGGGUCAACCCAAGAGAUACAAAGGUUUCUCCAUUGACGUACUGGAUGCACUGGCCAAAAUCCUCGGCUUUAAAUACGAAAUCUACCAGUCUAGAUUCUUCUCACAGGUAACAGACAGCAAAUAUGGAUCCCAGCUUCCUAACGGAUCGUGGAAUGGCAUGAUUGGUGACCUCAUCAACAAGAGAGCUGACUUAGCAGUUUCUGCCAUCACAAUUACACCUGAACGUGAGAACGUUGUGGACUUCAGCAAGCGCUACAUGGACUACAGUGUGGGAAUCCUGCUGCGGAAACCAGAGGAGAAGAUCAACAUCUUCUCUCUCUUCGUGCCCUUUGACCUCGCCGUCUGGGCGUGCAUCGCGGCCGCCAUCCCUGUCGUCGCCGUUCUCAUCUUUCUGCUCAACAGGCUGCAGGUGCUGCGUAACUCAUCCCCGAACACACCGCCAGGUCAGAGCAGCAAAAGUGUGGGCGAGGGGUCGCUCCACAGCGCCAUCUGGAUUGUUUACGGCGCAUUUGUGCAGCAAGGAGGGGAAGGCGUAGUUGGCUCCGUGGCUCUGAGGAUCGUCAUGGGAACCUGGUGGCUCUUCACACUCAUUGUCUGCUCGUCAUACACCGCCAACCUCGCAGCAUACCUUACUGUGUCACGCAUGGACCACGCCAUACGGUCGUUCCAGGACUUGUCGCGGCAGAUGGAUGUGGACUACGGCACUGUCCGGGACUCUGCUGUGUUCGACUACUUCCGGAACAAAGGCACUAAUCCUCUGGAGCAGGAUGGGACCUAUGCUGAGCUAUGGAGGACCAUCAGCCGCAAUGAUGGCCGAGAUUAUUGCGUGUCCAGUCCCUCAGAAGGCAUUCGCAAGGCCAAGAAAAGCGCCUACGCCUUCCUGUGGGAUGUAGCGGUCCUGGAGUACGCUGCUCUGACAGACGAUGACUGCACGAUCAUGGUGUCGUCCAACGGUAUGAGCAGCAAAGGUUAUGGUAUCGCGCUCCAGCACGGGAGUCCAUACCGAGACCUGUUCUCCCAGAAGAUCCUCGAGCUUCAGGAGAAGGGAGACCUGGACGUCAUGAAGCAGAAGUGGUGGCCUCGUUCCGGCCGUUGCGACCUCAGCGGUCACCCGGGUGGUCUUCCAGAUGGCCGCUCGCUAAAGCUGCAGAGCUUUGCCGGGGUCUUCUGCAUCCUAGCUGCUGGGCUACUGCUGGCUUGCAUGGUGGCUGGACUGGAGGCCUGGUGGAGCGGACGCCAGUGCGGCCGGGAGCAACCCAAAGAGGUCUCUCUGGACCGUCUGGUCAAAGUUUCUGCUCCUUUGACUUUUACUGACUUGACCAGAACCUCGGGCGACAUUUGGACAGACCGGGUCUGGGACCCAUCUGAAGGACAAAGAGGUCAACCUGGAGCAUCACCGUAUCAACAGUCUUUUGGACGAGGACUUGGCCCACAAACAGAUCCCAGGAGCCUCUAUCGAGAUCUCUUCACUGGACAUAGGCAACAUGAGAGCCAGUCAGGGGGGGCUGGUCCCGGGACAGGACUUCCCAGCUCCGGGACUCACUGUGACCACCUUCCUACCAGGGGAGGGAGUACAACAUCAGCCUCUACCCCAUCCUCACCAUGGGACGCUCGGGCGGACGCUGCCGCCCCAGCAGGGUCCUGGCGGCGGCACGUUGCCUCCCCACCAUCCUCUUCAGUGCAAACACCGAGCACCCAACGGGGGGCUAUUCCGGCAGAGCCCUGGCAAGACCCCCAUGCCAAUGUCCUACCAGGGAGUCUCCACAGGACCCAGACCAGAGGCCAUUGACCCCUCGCACAGUACAUCCAUCUAGUGAGGCCUCUAAUGAACACAAACAAAUAUUUUCUACAUCGACGCAGGAAAACGUUGUACAUAUUGAGUCAGAAAUGUAUUUUCAAUAUUGACUUUUUUGACAAAAACAAAAUCUGAUAAAAAGCCGGGCGAACUCCACUCGGACGUUUCAGUUUGUACAUUUUGUUGAAACAAUGAGAAUCAUCGUGAUUGUUUCUCUUAAGUGCCCGAAUCCACUGAAGUCUCAUGUAAACAAGGACCCACGAUGCACCGAGCGACCACUCCCACCUGCUAUUUGCGCACCUCUUUACCUAAAUCUGUAUCUUCACUUUUCAUGUUUUCAUUUGUACUGAAUAUAAAAUAUACAAAGUUUUUCAAUCACAAGUCUGAUUGUGUUUCCUCUCGUACAAGACGCCGCUUGCUAAGUCAGGAACUGUGCGAUGACAACACAGUGAGAAGCCCCUGCAGCCGAGUCACCACAGA